AUGGGAUUUGAAUUCUCGUAUGUUAAGAAUGUGACAACGAGAGUUACAGCGGAGUGUCGUUUCAAAAAUGCUAGCCAAUGUUCGUGGAGGAUACAUGCAUCGGUGGAUAAAUCAAAUGAUUACUGUUAUAUUCGGUCGUACAACAAACAUCAUCAAUGUGGAAUGUUUUUUGGAACAGCUAGUAAGAGAAGAUUGAAUUUAGUUGUCAUCAUUGACCCGAUUGAAACUGAUAUUCGUGCAAUGCCGGCUAUAACUCCAGGAGAAAUUCAGAGCCAAGUGAAGGAUAAAUUUGGUGUUGACAUAAGCUAUUGGGUUGCAUGGAGGGCUACCGAUGCGGUAAGAAGAAUGAUCUUUGGGGACGAGACUUCUUCAUAUUCCUACCUUCAAUCUUAUUUUGAUGAAGUGGGGAAGACAAAUCCUGGUAGUAUCUUUCAUCUUGAUGUUGAGGUGGAGAAGCAGAUUUUCCGACGGUGUUUUUUUGCAUUUGCAGCGUGUUUGGAUGGAUUCAAGUUUUGUCGUCCUGUUGUCAUGCUCGACGGCACGUUUUUUAAAGGUAGAUACAAGGGAGUGUUGCUUAGUGCAGUGGGUAAAGAUGCUGAUGAAGGUCUGUUCCCUAUUGCAUUUGCAAUUGUAAGUGAGGAGACUGAUUCGAAUUGGGAUUGGUUUUUGAGUCAUUUUAAGGAUGCUAUUGGAAAUGAUAGGACGCUCAACUGUUUGCACACAUAUUGUUACAAACAUUUGCAGAACAAUUUGAAAUACAGGUUCAGGGGUGUUCCAGCCGGCUUUCGUGAGACGGUGUUGCAACAAUUUGCGGCGUGUGCUUAUGCGACAACUAAGGAAGAAUUUGAUCGAUGUAUUGACAAGCUGAAGACUACUGGUGGGACGAAAGUUUGCAAUUUCUUAGAUGAUCUUCCAAAAGAGAAGUGGUCCAACGUUUACUGCGAGGGUCAUAGGUACGGACAUAUGACUUCUAAUGGAUGCGAGUCGUGGAGUCAUCAAAUAAAGAAGCAACGUCACUUGCCGAUAACUAGUCUGAUUGAUGGCAUAAGGUUGUUGUUAAUGACGCAAAUGUGUAAAAGGCUAUGUGAUGGCAAUAGAUGGACGACUAUGUUGUGUGAGAAGACUGAGAAGAGAUUGAAGGAGGCUGUUGACAAGGGGCGUUCAUGGAUAUGCAAAAGAUCUUCUAUGCAUGUGUUCGAAGUUUUUUCGUCGCCAAAUGCUGUUGUUGAUCUUGGAGAAAGGACAUGCUCUUGUAGGCUGUGGCAAAUCAAUGGGUUUCCAUGCACACAUGCUGUUAUCUUUGUUGAACUUCGUUGUGGGCUUGCUGCGUAUGAUUAUAUUGAUAGAUGGUACCAUAGAUCAACAUUUAAGGAGAGUUAUUCGGGAUCAAUUAUACCCUUUGUGAGACAAGUGUCAGAUCUUCAUGUUGCUGUAAUUGGACCUCCUGAAGUUAAACCAACACGUGGUCCCCCAAAGAGGAAAAGGAUUCCAUCGCACGGUGAGUGUGUCCCCCGGAAAAUGACUUUCAGUCGUUGCAAAGCUCAAGUAAAUCAUAACAAGAACACUUGUAGGAAGUGA